AUGGUUAUUAUCAACCAUCUCGACAAGCUUUUCGCUGCCACCAUUGGCAACAAGCUCGGAGUUCUGCACCUUGCUGCUAAGAUCUUGGUUCUUGCUGGCAAGGCCCAACAAGAGGAAUUUGGUGUCGGUGCUAAGUUGUGCGUCUCUUUUGCCGGGGAGCUCCUCCAAAAUGCUGAGGACCUCAUCCGAAUGGGUCUGGACCCCAGCACUAUUUACGCCAUUAACAAGACAAUCCAAGUUCUAGAGGAAUUGGUUGAACCAGGUUUGGAUACUACUCAAGUUAUUUUUCGCAUGAAAGCUGCUGUUGCUAGCAAACAUUUUGGUCAAGAGGAUAUUUUAUGCCGUAUUGUUGCUCAGGCAUUCAUCCAAGUUUGCUCAAAGAACCCGGCGAACUUUAAUGUGGACAAUGUCAGAGUGGCAAAACUCUUGGGUGGUCGUCUGCGCGAUAGUAUAAUAAUCCGAGGUAUGGUAUUGAAAAAUGAUGCUGUGGGAAGUAUAAAGAGGAUGAAGAAGGCAAAGGUAAGCACUCCUGAGCAUGCUUCUGGUAGUUUGAGCAUUAAAACUUUGCAAUCAUUCCUGCAAGUUGCUAUGUUUGCUGGAGGUGUUGAUACAACCGCCACAGAAACAAAAGGAACUGUCUUAAUCCACAGAGCUCAACAGAUUGGAGCAGCUAAGGUUGGGGAACUCAUAAAAGCAAUUGCAGGAUCUGGUGCAAAGGUUAUUGUUAGUGGAGCAGCUAUUGGAGAGAUGGCACUACAUUUUUGUGAACGUUACAAGCUCAUGGUCCUAAAGAUUUGCUCCAAAUUUGAGCUUCAACGGUUUUGCCAUACCACUGGUGCUGUUGCUCUUUUGAAACUUAGUCCGCCAAAUCCAGAUGAUCUUGGAUAUGUUGAUUCCAUUUCAGUGGAUGAAAUUGGUGGUGUUAAGGUUACAAUUGUAAGAAAUGAAGAAGGUGGAAAUUCAGUAUCCACAGUUGUUCUGCAAGGCAGCACUGAUAGUAUAUUAGAUGAUCUUGAGAGAGCAGUUGAUGAUGGAGUUAAUACAUACAAGUUGGGAUCUAAUACACUUUGCUAUUUCCAUCUAUACCAGGCAAUGUGCAGGGAUAGUCAAAUAGUACCCUGUGCUGCAGCUACUGAGAUUGAAUUAGCCAGAAGACUAAAGGAGUUUUCUUUCAAAGAAACUGGGUAA